AUGUGGUCAUUAGUUCUUUUCGUUGUUAUUGGACUGUUUAGGUCUGAAAGUUUAGUUGAAGCUACCAAUUGUACAAUUGUAGCAAAAGGAAAUUUGAUAUUUCCAAAAGAUUUUAAUUUUGGUGUUGCAACAUCGGCUUACCAGAUUGAAGGUGGUUGGAAUGCAGAUGGUAAAGGUGUAUCAAUUUGGGAUGAAUAUACGCAUAAUAAUCCUGAUAGGAUCAAGGAUCGGACAAAUGGUGACUCAGCAGUAGAAUCGUAUCGGCUUUUCGAUUUGGAUUUGAAAGCAUUGAAGGAAUUAGGGGUAAAACAUUAUCGUUUUUCUAUUGCAUGGACACGAAUCUUUCCAGAUGGCUAUGUCCAUUCGAAAAAUCAAAAAGGAAUCGAUUACUACAACAGUGUUAUCAAUAAGCUUUUGGUAAAUGGUAUUGAGCCAAUGGUCACUAUGUUCCACUGGGACAUGCCUGUUGGAAUACAAAAGUUUGGUGGCUUCUCUAAUGAGCUAAUAGUUGAACAAUUCUCAGAUUAUGCUGAGGAACUAUUCAAAUUAUUCGGUGAUAGGGUUAAAACAUGGAUAACAUUGAAUGAACCCCAUCAAAUUUGCAAAUCAGGUUAUGGCAGUACGAGAUCACCACCAAUGGUUGGAGCUCCUGGUGUUGGUGAUUAUAUUUGUUAUACAAAUUUGCUUAAGGCCCACGGUGCAACUUAUCGUUUGUAUCAAGAGAAAUUUGCUAAAGAACAAAAAGGAAAAAUUGGUAUCACUUUGGAUAGUCAGUUUGUCUUUUCUAAAACUAAUAAUAAAAAUGAUAUCGCUCGUGCAAUGCAUUACAAUUUGGGAUUGUUAGCUCACCCAAUUUUUAGUAAAUAUGGUGAUUUUCCUCCAAUCGUAUUAAAAGAUAUUGAAAAGAGUAGCUUUGAAGAAGGAAGAGUAAGAUCUCGUCUUCCAAGGCUUGGUGAAUAUUGGACAAAAGUAAUAAGAGGAUCAUCUGACUUUAUGGGUCUCAACUAUUACACUUCGAGAUUUAUUAAGCCUGCUACUGAACCAGAGGGUGAAAACCCUUCAACAGAAAGAGAUUACAAUUAUCAGAGUAAGCCUGAUAACAAUUGGCCUAGAGCAAAGUCAGAUUGGCUUUAUUGUAUUCCCGAAGGAUUGGAAUAUCUUUUGAAAUAUAUUCGAGAUGAAUAUGACAAUGUUGAAGUCAAGAUCACAGAAAAUGGUUGGUCAGAUUCUGGUGAACUUAAUGAUGAUAAACGUCUUAAGUAUUAUAAGAGUCACAUUCAAGCUGUUUUGAAUGCCAUCAACGAUGGAUGUAAUGUUACUUCUUAUUCCGCUUGGAGUUUGGUUGAUAAUUUUGAAUGGAAUCAAUAG